AUGCAGUGCCCUAAAGGUUCGUUGGUGGGACAUCUAUCAUCAAGCUCUUAUGUCUUUAGCUGCCCAAGUACGCUGGCGCAAACUUCUGCUACGGUUCAAGGUAAUCUUGAAAGCAUACCUGAAACGGUGGAAGAGGAUCACAUAGUUUUCACUAACGCAGGUAAUCUUGAGAGCAUACCUGAAGCGGUGGAAGAGGAUCACACAGUUUUCACUAACACAGGUUCCCCAACAGAAAGCUUUGUUGCGGACGAUAAUCAGUCUGAAGAAGAAGAUGAUGAGUACUUCAUAUUUGCUGGCAGAGACUGUGAUGACAUGAUGGAUGCAUUUACAGCAGUUCCUGAUCCAUAUGAUCGUGUCUAUGAGAAUAUACCUGCAAGUACUCACAUGCUGGCACCUAAACCUGAUUGCAAGCAUUGUGGUGCAAAGAGGUUCCAGAAUCUAGGUGGAGUCGAUGACCUUGAGGAAUACCGUAUUGAAUUGAACACCGACAUGAGGUUGGACCAACGGAGGUAUAAUGUGCCUAUAUCAUCGGAGGUUGCAGCUAUUUGGGUUGAGGAUAGUGAACUCUGUGGAAAGUAUUGGAAAAGGAGGGAUGAACGCAUGCAGAUUGGGAGAAUUGUGUCUGCACAUCCAGCUGAAGGGGAGAGGUAUUAUCUUAGAGUGCUUCUAAACCAUGUCACAGGUGCUACAUCCUUCCAAGACCUUAGAACAGUGAAUGGUAUUGUUUACUCAACAUUCCGUGAAGCUGCUGAAAGGAGGGGUCUUAUCGAGUCAGAUAAUACUAUCAACGAGUGUCUUGAUGAAGCUAAGGUUUUUCAUAUGCCAUCUUCCCUUCGGAGGCUAUUUGCCACUAUAUUGGUCUUUUGUGAACCCAGCAAUGUGCGUGGCCUAUGGGACAGACACAUGGAAGCUAUGACAGAAGACUAUCGACUAACACAAAUGUGCCCGCAUGCAGUUGAGCAGAUGGCGUUAUUAGAUAUAAAGAAUAUGCUUGAAUCGAUGGGUAAGGACAUAUCAUCAUUCCCUCUCCCAGAAAUUGAUGAGUCAUAUGAUGCCUCAGAUAAUGAGGCUAGGGAGAUCAUAGAGGAGUCCACGAUAGAGGUGGACCCAGAACACCUUGGCUUGUCAUCUUUCCUAAACCCAGAACAGAGAUAUGCAUAUGAUGAGAUACUUGCGACCAUCAAUAGUGGCCAAGGAGGUGUGUUCUUUGUUGAUGGACCCGGAGGCACGGGAAAGACUUAUCUGUACAAAGCACUACUUGCAAAAGUACGUGCCGAGGGUAAAAUAGCUGUUGCAACAGCGACAUCAGGCGUUGCUGCAUCCAUCUUGCCUGGAGGGAGGACUGCACACUCAAGAUUUAAAAUACCAUUGAACACCGAAGACGGUGGGGUCUGCAGUUUCACCAAGCAAAGUGGGACAGCUAAGCUUCUUAUGAGGGCGUCCCUCAUAAUUUGGGACGAGGCCUCCAUGACAAAGCGGCAUGCGGUCGAGGCCCUUGACAAUAGCAUGAGGGACAUCAUGGCUCGACCUGACUUGCCGUUUGGUGGAAAGACAAUUGUGUUUGGGGGAGACUUCAGACAAGUGCUUCCUGUUGUUCGUAAGGGAACAAGGUCCCAAAUAACUGACGCGACGCUGCGUAAGUCUUACCUUUGGGAGAAUAUGAGACAACUAAGACUUGUCCGUAAUAUGAGGGCUCAAAGCGAUCCAUGGUUUGCUGAUUACCUUCUCAGUGUUGGGAAUGGCACUGAAGAUACCGUGGAUGAUGAUUACAUACGGCUUCCAGAUGAGAUUUGUGUACCAUACACCAGCGACGCCACUGAUAUUGAUAAGCUUAUUGAAAGUGUUUUCCAGAUGACCCUAGAAGAAAACCUCUUGGAUCCAAAUUACAUAACGUCCCGAGCAAUUUUGUCAACUCGGAAUGAGUACGUUGACAAGAUUAACAUGAAAAUGAUUGAGAGGUUUCCUGGGGAGGAGAUGAUAUACUACAGUUUUGAUCACGCGGAGGAUGAUCCACACAACUACUACCCUGCAGAAUUCUUGAAUUCAUUAACACCUAAUGGGCUACCUCCCCAUAUCCUAAAGCUGAAAAUUAAUUGCCCUAUUAUAUUGUUACGCAACAUUGACCCAGCGAGUGGUUUGUGCAAUGGGACGAGGUUGAUUGUCCGAGGAUUCAUGAGGAAUGCAAUCGAUGCUGAGAUUGUGUUGGGCCAGCAUGCUAGUAAGAGGGUGUUCCUUCCUCGAAUUCCUCUUUGCCCAUCAGAUGAUGAGAUGUUUCCAUUUAGGUUCAAGAGGAAGCAGUUUCCAGUUAGACUUAGCUUUGCUAUGACCAUUAACAAGGCACAAGGACAAACUAUACCAAAUGUUGGUGUAUACCUCCCUGAACCGGUAUUUUCACAUGGGCAGCUCUAUGUUGCUCUUUCUAGGGCUACAUCUAGAAGUAAUAUGAAGAUUCUUACUGUACCGGAUAAAAAAAGGAAGGCCAGUCCAACUCCACUGCAAAUAUUACAAAGAACAUAG